AUGGUGGGAUUUCUAGGUCAUUACGAUGAAUGGCAUGCUUCACCUAAUACGACUUAUUUCUCAUCAACAUCUCAUCACAAUCAAAUUAUUGCUGUUUUUUCUUCAUCUUCUACUAAAACAAAAAUUCAACUUCGUUAUUUUGCUGUUACUGGAAAUUACAAUCCAACACGUUUCAAUGUAGGAUCUCAUGAUAAUUCUUUUUAUCAAGAUACAUAUGGAGUAUCCUGA